AUGUUAUAUGAACUCCAUUUUAUUGGCGAUCAACAGAUUCCUUUUAUCAUAGACAUUUGCAAAUUAAACGGACCGAGAUCUGCAAUUUUUUUAUACUCCGAAUCGAUAAAAGAAAUGGAAAUGAAAACGAUGAUGUUCAAAUGGAUGCGUGCACUUUCUCGUGAAGGUGUUGCCAGCACGAAAUUGCACUUUUCACAGUUGCAUCAAUCAUCGUAUUACGUAAAAGAAAUUGCACGACCAUAUUACAUAGCACUGAUCUCUAAUUUCAAUGCGAUCAAUGAAUUCUCUUUAGCAACAAAUACCUUUGAUAUGUCUUCAGCAGUGUGGCUAGUGAUAUUUAUUUACGAGGAAAAUAGCACCGAUUAUUGUCACAAUCCACCAGGUAAUAUAUUUCACUUGAGAUUCAAUUCAGAAAUGUUGGUCCGUUGUGGUACGGAAAAUAUUUUACGAGAAUGGUAUUCGAUCGAUACAAAUAGAAUCGAGAUUAUGGAUGUAGCAACUUGGAGCUUAGAUAAAGGAAUCACUAAAAUGGUUCCAGAUUUUCUUUACGAAAGAAGAUAUAAUUUACAAGGAUUUAUUAUGAAGGCUGUUACAGUUAAGAGUUCAUCAUUUACGAAUGUAAAAAAGGGUGGUGAAUCAUACAGUAUGUACCGUGAAAUAUUCAGAGAACUUUGUGUCACUCUCAAUUUUAGUUUAGAGAUUGUCUCGGAAGCAGAAGAGUAUGGAAGAUGGAAUCCAGAAGAAAAGAGUUGGACUGGAGCCAUUGCAGAAUUAUAUGCAGGACGUGCUGACAUUUCUCUUUCAGGUUUUUCUAUUACCAGUGCCAGAUUGAAUGCUGUUGACUUCACACAUCCUGUUUUUAAGACUAAAAACUUCCUCGUUAUUCGAGAACCAGAAAAAUUCGGGAUUAAAUGGUCAUCUUAUUUUCAAACUUUCACUAAUACCGUUUGGAUUGCUAUACUUGGAAUAUUAAUGACUGCAUCGAUCUUACUAAUUUUUCCCAAAAUAAAAAGUGGAAUUGAUCGUAAAAUAGGAUAUUUAUUCAUCGACAAUUUUCUGGAGAUUUGGGGUAUAUUUUGUCAACAGGGACUGGCAGAUUUUUCUGGUGGAUCAUCGUUAAGAAUAGCAUACUUCUCUAUAUUUCUUUUGGUUACCGUUUUAUCGGCCGCUUACUCAGCGAGUUUGAUAAGCCUUUUAACGUCUUUGAGCCUUAUCUUACCCUUUGAUUCAUUCGAGAGUUUCGUUAAAGAAGGUACUCAUCGACUUACCGUCAUUCGUGGUACGGCUGAUUAUGAUAAAUUUGCAAAUUCAGCAGAUCCGCUUUCGAAAAACGUGAUGAAGCUGAUGCUAGAAGAGGAAAAAUUGCCUCUAAAUGUUCAAGAGGGAUUUAAAAAUAUUUGUAAAAAUCGUAACCUAGCAAUCUAUUUGCUUGACCAAGAUUAUAUAGUAAAUCUGAAAAUACCAUGCAGUGUGGUUCGUAUUGCGACAGGAGAUGUAACCAAUUUUGCUUUGAUUUUAUCUAAGCACAAUCCUUUCACCGGCAUUAUUAAUUUUCAGUUGCAGAAAUUUCUCAAGAAUGGUAUAAUGCAUCGUAUAAAAGAUUCGACAUUUAAGAAGAAAUCCUUUCAUAUAAUGAACUAUCAACCGGUUCCCCUAAUCAGCUUAAUAUCGCUUCUUAUGCUUAUCCUUACUGGUAUCGUUUUCAGUAUUUGUAUCUUGAUUAUAGAAAAGUUUAUUUUUAUUCGUAAAACGAAGAAGAGGUCGAUGGUUCAUCAUAUUUCUUCGAUUAAAUGA